AUGUCCGCGCAAAUGCAAGACCGAGUCGCAUCGGAGACGAGCCUUUUGACAUCCUUCCGCAAAGCUGUAUUCGCCUCCGUACCCCCCAUCCCAGAAGCGAUCAACCUCAAAGACCAGACGGGCAUCAUUACUGGCUCCAAUGCUGUUCGCUCACAGAGCAAGGGCGACAACGCAGCGGAGUUACUUGCACGCCAGUUUCCUGCAGCCACCAUCCAAGUCUGGCUGCUAGAUAUGGAAUCCAAUGCAUCAGUGCGAAGCUUCGCUCGCCGCUGCGAGUCUCUUGAGCGGAUCAACUUUCUCAUUCUCAAUGCCGGUGUCGGUAAGAUGACGUUCGAGAAGAGCAACGAAGGCAAGGGCCGCGAAGUGACUCUCCAAGUCAACUACAUCAACACCAUGCUUCUCGCCAUCCUUAUGGUCCCGGUCCUAAAGGCCAAGGCUCAAGAUCGGCCUAAUCGCUUGACUGUUGUCGGCUCCGACAUGUCCUACUGGGCUGCACUGCCGGAGACAUCUGGAUCUCUCCUCGAUGCACUCGAUAAUAAGGAGGGAUACAACGGAAUGCAGCACUACGGCAAGACCAAAUUGCUUUUGUUAAUGGGAGUCGCCAAGCUAUCGCAGACCGUCACAGCAGACGAGGUCACUAUCAACUACCUCAACCCCGGCGCUACCAAAGGCACCGGUCUUAACCGCGAGGCAUCGGGUGUCUGGAAGAUCGUCCCGUUCGUUAUGGAUCGCGUGAUUGGGCGAGAAGUAGUUGAUAGCGCCAGGCAAUAUCUUCAUUCGGCAGUGGUCCUGGGAAAAGAGUCACACGGUUCCUUUACCGACUUUGUCAUCAGGCCUUAUCCUAAGCUCAUGUACAAUGAAGCUGGUCAAAAGAGAAUGAACCGUCUGUGGGACGAGACUUUGUCGGAGCUUGGGUUGAGUACGCACUCCAUCUAG